AUGUCCUGGCACGGCGGCACCGCCUUCGACCCACCGCCCGGCGGCUUGCCUGUCGUCUCGCCGCCGCCGCAGACGUCGCCCACCGCCACCAGCCCCGACGACGACAUCAUCCACGCCGGCGCGCGCAAGAGAAAGCGCAGCUCCAUCCUCGCCGCGGAGGAUGACGAGGCCGACGGGAGCGGGGGCGCUGAUGGCAGCGCUGCGGGUGGAAACGCGGGCAGUCCCACCACCACCGCCGGCAAUGGCAACAAGCAGCAGCGCCAUCAACCCGGCGUGAAGCGGGCGUGCAACGAUUGCAGACAGCAGAAGGUGAGUGAGUGCGGGCAUGAGUCGGUGCUGAAACAGAACAUCCCCGAUCAGCGUAGGCCGUGCGAAGUUUCAUACCUCCAGCCAUUUGAGUCAUGACCCGCUGACAAUAAUGAUCUGCUACAGUUGCGAUGCAAUGUCGUCGCUGGACCGGGCGAACAGUACAAGCCGUGCGACCGAUGUGUCAAACAUAAUCUCAAGUGCAGCAUCGACAAUGAUUUUAAGCGUCUCGGCAAGCGGGCUGCCCACGAUGAGAUGGUCAAGGAGCUGGAGCUAUGCAAGGCCAAGCUUGCGCGAUACAAGGCGUUAGGCAUGCAUCUGCCAGAAGAGACGCCCCAGGACUCUACAUACAGUGGCAGCUACCAGGCAUCGCCAGCAGGCGGCGCGCCGGUCGCAUCAAUGGCAGCGGGCGGCAGCGCAUUCCUCGGUGCAAGUGAGGCUGCGGCAUCCAGAAGCCUGCUCGAUCUCAGUCAAGGCUAUCGCGAGCUGGCGCCGACGAGCUAUCCUUCCAUUACUCCAGGAACAUCGCACACGACACUCGGCAGCGUCACCCUCACGGACAGCCAGCUCAACGAGCUUUACCGCAUCUUCUUCACAUCGUACCAUUCCUUCUUGCCAGUGUUGAACCCGGAGCUCACCUACAAGGAUGCCUAUCAAGACCACCCUUUGCUUCAUUGGACCAUUGUGGCCAUUGCUGCCCGGCGUUAUGCCGCCAAGCCUGGACUGUUCAUGGAGCUACAGCGUCCCCUUGAGGAGAUCCUUUGGACGACGCUCUCACAGGUGCCUCAAGCAUACCAUGUCUGCAAGGCGCUGGCUCUGCUCUGUACGUGGCCAUUGCCAACAUCAUCAACGUCCCAAGAGCCGACAAUGAUGCUCUGCGGCAUCAUGUUUCAGCUCGCGAUGCAGUACGGCCUGCACCGUCCUUCUCACGCACAAGACUUCAGCCGCUUUCGUGUCGAUCUUCGCGAGGAGGACAUUGCGGAUCGACUCAACACUUGGGCAGCAGUCAAUAUCGUCGCGCAGAAUGUUAGCACUGGCAAUGGACAGCCGCCGCUGUCCCGCUGGGCUUGGUUCACGUACGGUCUGCACCUCGAUCGGAUGAAGCCCGAGUUGGCCACACGAUGCCAGGUUGAGAAGUUUGUCGACACUGUUACCCGCACGCUUUUCACCAUGCAGCGUGAUCACGUUGUGGAGGUUGAUCAGGCGACCCGUGGCCUACAGAUUCACAUGUACUCUAGAGAGCUGGGCGAAUUGGAGGUGACAGUCUUGUCUACGAGCAACUCUCGUAAGUUACAUGCCAUUUCUGCAUCUCUACGCUAUCUGCUGACAAACAGCAGCCGUCGAAGUGCUCUUCCUUAAGGCGGCGCAGCUGCACCUUCGCCUGACCGCAUUCUUCGACAAACCAGACCAGCGGAACUAUCUUGAUGAUCUGCGAGACGUCUACAUCGCUGCUUCGGCAUUGCUACUACACCUCAGCGACAUGGAUGUCAAGCAGUUCGCACACGUUCCAAGAUACAUCGAGCAGAUGAUGCUUGCCGCAGCCGUCACACUUCUGAAGAUUCUGAACUCAUUCUACGCCGCCCAUGUCGAUGUCGUACAAGGUCGAACCCUGUUCUCCAGGACUGUCAGCGGCCUCCGGAAACUCAGCGUGCGCUCCAACGAUCUCCCACAACGCCUUGCGGAAGUCAUGGCACAGCUUUGGCAAUCUAGCGGCGCGGGCGAGCAGAGACUGUUCAAGGAUGACGGACAAAUCGGCCAUGUGGCCCGUGAGCCUGAUGAGAGCCUGCAGCUCAAGGUUCGCUGCCGCUCUUCCCUUUCUGUGCUCUAUGAUGCGAUUUGGCGCUGGCGUGAGCGUGCUGGUCAAGCUGGACGUGAUAAUCUCGCGCAAGCAGUCGACAACCCCACCGCUUUGCCCAGCGAUACUCACUCCCGCAACACGCCGCAGCCACCACCGAACGGCAUGCCUGCAAUGGGCGAUACACACCUGACUUUACCAGCUAACGAACUGGACGCAAUGACUUGGGACUCUCCUUUCGGCGGUAAUGCGGUCUUUGAUCCGUUGAGCUGGGCUUUGGAUGGCAACCUUGGGCUUGGCCAGGGGCUCUUCGGUGGCCAGGAUGCAUUGGGCAUGGAAGCCUUCCAAGGAUAG